GGCGCCGAUCUUUCCCUUCCAGCCUGUGAGUUUCCGGCUGUAUGGGAGAUUGGCGUGUGCCUGUAAGGUGCUCUCCUUGUACGCUUGGCGAAUAAGCUCGUGGUCCGCAGAAAUUCAUUCCGAAGGUGAGGCGGAGGAAGAAGGGCACCUAGAAACUUAAUUUCGCUUUCACAACAGCUGCCGCAGAACAACCCGCGGCCUCGCGUGUCUGUGGCGGAGGCGGUUGAGGUGGACUUCGAAGUGAGGACAGAGACGCGCAGCCGCAGUUAGACCUCGGGCUGUUCCGUCGGCGGUACGCUGUGUGUUAAAGUCUUGUAUGAAUCUCUGAAUGAAGUGAUGACCAGAUGGGCUCGAGCCAAUAUCACCCAGAGCAAGAAGGCUCUGGACGCCACACCAUGGGAGGAUAUGAAAAAUAGUUCCUCUGGAAACACAGCAACAAAUAAAAAGCAAAUCUCUUUAAGAAAUCCCCAAGGGAAGAAGAAAAACAAGAAGAAAAAAGACUAUCUGAAUGAAGACGUUAAUGGUUUUAUGGAAUAUUUAAAACAAAAUUCACAGUUAUUGCAUAAUGGAAAGUUUAUUGACAGUCACAAAACUAAGGAGAAAAUAGCAACUGCCUUAAAGAAAGACAAACGUCGGGAGACCAGAAGGUUAAAUAGGCAAGAAAUAAAGAAAAAUGCCAUGGUGUGCUUCCACUGUAGAAAACCAGGGCAUGGUGUUGCAGAUUGCCCAGCUGCACUCGAAAGCCAAGAUAUGGGAACUGGAAUUUGUUAUCGUUGUGGAUCUACAGAGCAUGAAAUCAAGAAAUGCAAAGUAAAAAUAGAUCCUGCCCUUGGAGAAUUUCCAUAUGCAAAAUGCUUUAUUUGUGGUGAGAUGGGACAUCUUUCCAGGUCAUGUCCAGAUAAUCCUAAAGGACUGUAUGCUGAAGGAGGUUCUUGCAGGAUUUGUGGGUCUGUGGAGCACUUCAAAAAAGAUUGUCCAGACAAUCAAAAUGCAGAUCGAGCAGUAACUGUUGGUCGAUGGAUUAAAGGAAUGAGUGCAGAUUAUGAAGAAAUUCUAGAUCAUUCUAAACUGCAAAAACCAAAACCAAAAGUAGCUAAGGUUGUAAACUUCUAAUACUUCUGGUCUUUCAAAGUUUCUUAAAGUGAUACUCAAAGUAUGAUUUAAAAAUUAUGAUAUUAUAGCUGCCUCACAGACUCAUAAGAAGACGAGACUAACUCAUCAUUUUCCCCUCAUGGAUGAUAUUUUAAAAAUGGGCUUCCUGGGCAAACAGAAAAACCUUCUUAGCACAAAAAAAAAAUUGAAGGAAGUAGCUGAAGUGGAAAUUAUUGGUUUGCCAACCAGUUUGUCAUUCAGUAAUAUGAUGCUCAUCUGUGGCUACUGAUACCAAUAAAAAUGUAAAUGAAGAUUCUUGUUUACAUUUUAAUCCAUUAUAUAGAUUAAAUUAUUAUUUGAUCA